AUGGCAGCUCGUUUAGUCUUGUCACUUGAGGGCUUGAGGACCUUUCUUGACACUGAUGUUAGUCGUACGGUUGUCAUUGCCAUUAAUUUGGGUUUCUUGUUUCAUGUUACCAUCCUGCGAAAUGUUGAGGUGGAAAACUUUAUGUACCAACUUCUUGAGGUCCUCUCCUUGGCGACUGGCGGUCUUGUAUUCGCAUACCAUAUCGUCGGUUUCUCCAUUGUCGGGGCUCUCACAAGAGUCGCUAUAAUUGUAUUCAGCUUCAAUUCCGGCCUGUUCCUCAGCAUCGUCAUAUACCGGCUCUUCUUUCACCGGUUACACAAAUUCCCAGGCCCAAAAGGUGCCAAGAUCAGCCGGUUCUAUUCUGCAAUAAUCGCAGCGAAGGAAGUCAAAUACUUCAAGGAGGUCGACCGUAUGCAUGAGAAAUACGGUGACUUCAUUCGUACUGGCCCUCGCGAACUGUGCAUCGUUCGAAAGUCAGCUGUGCCAUUAAUAUACGGCCCGAACUCAGAGUGUUUGAAAUCGACUUGGUACAUGCAGGUUGACAGCAACUACAAGAAGUGUUCGAUCCACAUGACGAGGGACUUUGAUAACCACAAGAGUAGACGCAGAGCAUGGGAUAGGGGAUUCUCCAUCCGAGCACUCAACACCUACGAACCUCGUAUCAAAGCCAAAGUCGACCAAUUCGUCACUCAACUGUCGAAAUCCAAAGGACCUCUUGACGGGACAGCGUGGUCUAUGUACCUCGCCUUCGACGUCAUGGGCGAGGUCGGCUUCAGCAAGGACUUUGGCAGUGUCGCCAGCGGGACGGAGCACCCUGCCAUCAAAGGGGUACAUGAACACAUGAACAUCCUUGGGAUCAUGAGCCACGUCCCCUGGCUCCUGAAUCUACUCUCGUGUAUCCCGUUUGCCACAGCUGGAUAUACUGGUUUCUUCGGGUGGUGUGCGUCCGAGAUCAAGACUAAGCAGAAGGACUAUGACCCCAACCAAUACCCCCAAGACAUAAUAACCUGGCUCCUCAAAUCCUUCCUCGAAAAAGACGCCUCCGCCUCAUCAUCUGCAGAAGCCCUCCACGAAGACUCCCGCGUUGUCAUCAUUGCCGGCAGCGAAACCACGGCCACGACCCUGGCCGCGAUACUUUACUAUCUCGCUCUCCAGCCCGCCGUCCUUGCAAAACUACAGUCCCAAGUCGAUGCCCUCAUGCCCAUCCCUUCUUCCUGGACAUACGAAAAGAUGAAAUCGAUUACGUACAUUGAUGACAUUAUCAACGAAACACUGCGGCUGAAACCCGCCCUGCUCACAGGCGGAUAUCGCGUCACGCCGCCGCAGGGAAUCCAAGUAGACGAGCAGUUCAUCCCCGGCGACACCAACGUAUUCGUGCCCGUGCAGCAGAUCCAUACAGACAAGCGUUACUGGAAGCAAGCUAAUGAAUUUGUGCCUGAGAGGUUCGGAGAGCGGAGGGAAGAGAUGGGGACCGAGGGGGCGCCGUUUGUUCCUUUUAGUCUUGGAGCCUACUCUUGUCCCGGCAAGAACCUCGCCAUGAUUUCCCUGCGUAUUGCCAUCUCCCGCCUGGCACAGCAGCUCGACAUCUCGUUCGCCCCUGGGGAGACUGGGGAGACGUUUGAUAAGGAGGCUAAAGAUACUUUCACCACGACGUUGCCCCCUGUCAUGCUUCGUUUCACUCAGAGAUGA